AUGCAUCCCUGCUAUGAAUCAGAAAAUGCCACUUAUACUUUUACAAACAACCCUUCCAUUGCCUGUGUUAUAUUGUAUAUUUUCCUUGGUUCAUUGUCUGUUGUCACAAUAUUCGGAAACCUUCUUGUAACAAUUGCCAUAAUUUACUUCAAACAGCUUCACACGCCUACUAACUACCUCAUCCUGUCUCUGGCUGUGGCUGACCUGCUUGUAGGAGUUUUAGUUUUCCCUUUCAGCAUGGCCUUCACUGUUACUUUGUGUCUGGAUCAUGAAGAUUUAUUUUGCAAAAUACGCGAUAGCUUUGAUGUGUCACUAUGCACAUCUUCUAUUCUAAACUUGUGCUGCAUUUCCAUAGAGAGAUAUUAUGCAGUUUGUCAGCCUCUGAAUUACAGAUCAAAAAUAAAUACUCAAGUUACAAUGUUUAUGAUACUGGUGAGCUGGGGCAUUUCUGUAUUAAUUGGAAUUUGCAUUAUAAUUGCAGGAUUCAGCCAAGGUAUGUGUGAAGAAGUGUGCUCUGUUGAUGUUGUAAUUGCAAACACUAUGGGACCUGUUUUCUCAUUUUACCUUCCAGCAAUCAUUAUGCUUUGUAUAUACCUAAAGAUUUUCCUUGUUGCACAGAAACAAGUAAGCACCAUCCAAAAUGCAAUCUGUACAAAAUCUGGAGCAAUUAUUAGUAAGCUAGAAAGAAAGGCCACAAAAACGCUGUCUAUUGUCAUGGGAGUGUUUCUUUUAUGUUUGAGUCCUUACUUUAUUUGUGUUGUCUUUCAGCCUUUAGCUCAUAAUCCCCCACCGAUUCCUGUGAUUGAAACACUUAACUGGCUUACGUUGUCAAAUUCAAUGUUAAAUCCAUUAAUUUAUGCUUUCUUUUAUAGCUGGUUUAGGUCAGCUUACAGAUUGAUUGUUUCUGGAACAAUACUUCAUUGGUUACUGGAGGGGCUGGAUCCUACCCCAGCUGUCAUAGAGCGAGAAGCAGGGUACACCCUGCAUAGGUCACCAGCCUGA